CUCUAAAUAAGAGGGACGCAGAUCCGUAGAAUAAAACCGAAAGAAGCAGAGCAGCGUUUCAUCAAAGCUACUCCUAUUUGCAAACGACACUGCUAAUAAUUUGCAGAAUCUACUCUCUCCCCAAUCUCUCAGUAAAGGACGGAAAUGGAGGGCACGGUGUUCAGACCUGCAUUGGAAGGAAUGCAGCAUGUUAAGUCGGAAGAUGGAAUAAUGCUAACCAAGCCAUUCUUGGAUGUAUGCAAGCUUAUUUUACCUGUGAUCGAAAAAUUUGGAGCUGCUAUGGCAAUUGUCAAAUCUGACAUCGGAGGCAAUAUAACUAGACUAGAGAACAAAUAUUUGUCAGAUCCAACAAAGUAUAUCCAUCUAUACACUAUGGUACAAGAAGAAGUUGAUGCUAAGACUGCUAAAGGCUCAUCUAGUUGCACCAAUGGCCUCCUGUGGUUGACAAGGGCAAUGGAUUUCUUGGUAGAGUUAUUUCGGAAUUUAAUUCAUCAUCAAGACUGGUCUAUGUCUCAAGCAUGUAGUGAUGCCUAUGCGAAGACCCUGAAAAAGUGGCAUGGUUGGCUGGCUAGUUCAAGUUUUUCUCUUGCUAUGAAGCUCGCUCCUGAUAGGAAAAAGUUUUUGGACGUUGUUGCUGGAGAUGGUGAUGCUAAUAGUGAUAUUGAGAAAUUUUGCACCACUUUCUCACCAUUUCUUGAGGAGAACCACAAAUUCUUGGCUAGCGUUGGCUUGGAUGAUCUAAAGGCAUCUUAGACUUGGAUGAAUGAUGUGAGGAAAAUUAUCACCCGCGGCAAUUAUUUACUAUAUUGCUAUACGAAUGCUGAUAAAUUAAACAUAACAUAUUACAUCUUAAUGCAUAUGUAACAUUUGACUCGGCAAGUUAUGUACUCUUACUUGGUUUCAGUUAUCUGAAAAUUCAGUUUAAUGUGAAAAUAUUGUCCUUUAGUUA